AUGAAUACAUCAAUAAAAAAGGAGACACUGGCGCAAUGUCUUGAUUCUGCGGGGGUUCCGUUUCUCGUACCUAAUUCGACAGAUUGGGAACUGUAUGGCUCAUCCUUCAACGAGCGACUGGUGUAUACACCAGCUGCAAUUGCAGUGCCAACAACAUCAGAUCACAUCCAAGCAGCGGUCUCUUGCGGUGGGGAACAAGGUGUCAAGGUGACCCCGAAAGCAGGCGGCCAUUCCUAUGCAUCACUAGGUCUUGGUGGAGAAGACGGUCAUCUUGUGAUCCAGCUAGAUCACAUGGACCGAGUCACACUCGACACAAAGACUAACAUUGCUACUGUCGAGCCUGGAGCAAGAUUAGGUCAUCUGGCGUUGGAACUAUUUAAUCAGGGACAUCGGGCUAUAUCUCACGGGACAUGUCCUGGCGUUGGCGUGUCAGGCCAUGUCCUUCAUGGCGGGUUUGGCAUGGCAUCCCAUACCCACGGGUUAGCUCUGGAUUGGGUGAAAAGUAUGACGGUGGUAUUGGCAAAUGCAAGCGUCGUUGAGUGCUCUCACGUUGACCAUCCAGAUCUUUUCCGGGCCAUGUUAGGCGCAGGUUCGAACUUUGGAAUUGCCACAUCGUACCAGUUCAUGACGUUUGAGGCUCCGGAGAAUGCAACCUGGUUUUCUGCAGAAUUGCCAUGGAAUCAGAGCUCAUCACUACCCGGCCUAGAAGCUAUAGAAGACUACGCGAGAAACGACAUGCCGGCGGAGCUCAACAUGCGUCUCGCAGUGUCAUCGUUUUCGGGAUGCUCUAUUGAGGGAGUUUACUAUGGAAACAGGACAGAACUCGAAGAUGCAUUUGAGCCGCUGUUAAACAAGAUUGGAGGUUCCCUUUCUACCGCCAAAACCACUGGUUGGAUUGAGGUGUUGGAACACUAUGCCUAUACAGAGCUCAACAUAACCUACCCGUACAAUGCACAUGAAACGUUCUACGCAAAAAGCUUAACGUUGAAAGGACUAAAUGGAACAUCUGCCAGUAACUUUGUCAACUACUGGUACGAGACUGCUAGGAACGUGACUCGGAUCUGGUGGUUGCAGAUCGACAUACAAGGCGGGUCGAACGCAGCAAUCUGGAAGACUGACGCGAAUCUAACCUCCUACGCGCAUCGAGACAAGCUGUACAUUGUCCAAUUUUAUGACAGAGUAAUAAGCGGUGACUACCCAGCCCAUGGGUUCGAGUUUCUAGACGGAUGGGUAUCGACGACGACUGCUCCCCUGCCGCAGUCUGACUGGGGUAUGUAUAUCAACUAUGCAGAUGCACGCAUGAACCGCACCACAGCACAGGAAGUCUAUUGGGGGGGAAGCUUGUCCAGGCUGCAAGAAUUGAAGGCGCAGAUAGACCCAGGGGAACUAUUCUAUUACCCGAUAUCGAUUAAGCCGGCAACAGCAGCGUAG